AUGAUGGGCCACGGGUGCCGCCUGCGGCACCUUCUGGGGCGCAACCCGCGCAGGGCCGCGCUGCUGGGCCCGCUCCCCGCGGGCCUGCGGCGGAGCGGCGCUGCUGCAGGCGCCGCGGCCGCAACCCCGGUGCAGGCCGCACAGGCCCCUGCUGGGGGCAGCACGGCCGCGGGGUCGGACGGCGCGCCUGGCGCUGGGGGCAAGAAGGAGGAGGACAAGAAGGACGGGCCAAUGGGGUGGGGCAAGUUCUUCCUUUACCUCGGCAGCGGCGUCUCUGGGGUCGUCUUCCUGUACUACUUCAACCAGGCCAACUACAACUUGCACCGCACGGAGGUGCUGCUGCUAGAGCGGUGGCGGCGGUUGCCGCUCUAUCCGCCGCGGGGGCCCUCGGAGGCGGAGGGGAACGCCGUGGUCGAUCCCAUGGGGCUCCCUGGCGAGCUCGUCGCCGCGUUCGCAGAGUGGUUCGUGGCCAUCGACCUGCAGGAGCCUGGCGGCGUGACCCGCGACGACGUGCUGGAGCUGGUGCGAGAGCUCGGGCUGAACGACGAGGACAAGGACGCGAAGGAGUUCCUCAACCGCGGGGAGGGGCACAUGGAGGAGCGCCGGCGGCUGAGCGGAGCGGGCCUCCAGGAGUCGGUGAACCUCCUUGCGAAGCUCGCCAUGCCAUGCGAGAAGGGCGCGGCACCAGCGCCAUGCAAGCUGGGCGACGAGGCCCUGCGGCUGCUGCAGAAGAAGGUGCAACGGGCAAGCGCCGCGAUGAUGGCUGGCGCCUCGGCUCUGGAAGCCCUGCAGCAGCAGCAGAUGCAGACGCAGAUGGCGGCGCAGUCGCAGGCGGCGCCGCAGCCAGCCAUAGCAGGCGCCCCAGGGGCCAGCGCGCCGGCAGCUGCGGGGAUGCUGCCGGGGACGGCUGGCCAGGUUGCUGUCGUGGGCGCCUUCGGGCAGGCAUCCAACGCCGUGGCCCCCGAGGAGCAGGACGCCAUGGACGAGGCCGACCAGCAGCAGCUCGAGCUGGCCCGCCUCGUGCGGAUGGAGGAGGGCCUGCUCGCCACCCUCGAGCGGCGAGGGUCGCUCUCCGCGGCGGAAGAGGCCCGGCUCGACGAGAUCCGCGCGCGGUCCGGCUACCUCAACGCCUCCGCCGUGGAGCCUGGGACAAUGCUGCACUACUGGUUCGCGAUGGGCGAGCAGGAGGGCGCGCUGGAGAGGCUGCCUCUCGUGCUGUGGCUGAACGGCGGACCGGGCAGCAGCUCGAUCCUGGGCAUGCUCAUGGAGAUGGGCCCGCUCCUGAUCAACAGCACGGGCGGCCUGAUGCGCAACCCGUACGCGUGGACGAAGCAGGCCAACGUGCUCGUCCUCGAGAGCCCCGGCGGGGUUGGGUUCUCGUACUGCGCGGCCAUGCAGGCCAACGGCAGCUGCAGCAACACCGACGACAGCACCGCAAGGGCGGCGCGCGCGGCGUUGCAGGACUUUUUCGCCACGAA